CUUAAGAAAGCUCUAUGUGCACGAGCUUGAGAGGGCAGAAAUAAAAAUAGGUGUAAAUUUUUUUUAAAAGUAUGAAAAUUGUGUUUUCAAAAUUUGGUAAAUUUUAAUUAAAAUUUUGAAAAAUUAAAAAUGAUAUUAACUUACUGAACAUGUUUUUCGGUUUUGUUAUCAAAAUUUUUAUAAUUUAAUAAGAAAACUAAUUAAAAACAUUUUAUUUCAUCUCAUUCUAAAAAAGGAAAGAAAAAAAAAAGGCAAACUAACACCACAAUUUAAUAUUCUCCAACAUAAAAAAAUAUUCCCAAAUAUUCAAAACUUAAAAAGAAAAAUAACAAAAUACCGAGACAAUUCAGAAUAAUUUAUAUCAACAUCAUAUCAGGCCCUAGAUUUAUAUUUCUGUCCUUCUCGUUCAAACAAACACAUGCUUGGGUCCCUUAAAUCUAGGACCAAACUCCUAUUUAAAAGGGCUCAUUUCCCAGUUGAAAUAUCACCCAUAUCUAUACCUUUGUUUUCUCCAUUCAAGCUAAAUUUUCUCUUAUUCAAGGCCACACAGAAGAACAAAUGGCUCAGGGAAGGGUCAGUGCAAUGACCACAGCAGCUUUGGUGCUGUUGUUGGUGCUGAUCGGCCACUCCGAGUUAGUUCGUGCUGCCACCUACACCGUCGGCGGUUCUCGUGGUUGGACCUUUAACGUUUCUCGUUGGCCUAAAGGAAAGCACUUUAAAGCUGGUGACACACUUGUGUUCAUUUACGACAAGAGAGCACACAAUGUGGUGGCUGUUAACAAUGCCGGUUACAAGAGCUGCAUGACUCCAAAGGGUUCCAAAGUGUUUAGAAGUGGAAAAGAUCGUAUCAAGCUCAAGAAAGGCCCCAACUUCUUCAUUUGCAAUCUCCCUCAGCACUGCAAAUCUGGCAUGAAAAUUGCCGUGACUGCACUGUAGACUCUAGAUAAUCACUACAUGGUGGGACAAAAUAAUUAUUAUUAAUAAAGCUUUUAUCUUAUGUCCCUCUUCCCUAGCUGAUUAUUAUAUCUUCUCAACCCAAAUCUACGGUGUGCCAUACUAGUUUUGGUACUAGUUAGUGUUGACAUUACAUUUUUAUAUGUGGUGUUGUAGUAAAGUAAUAAUAUAUAUGAUGUUCUAGGUUCAAUGCUAAUUGCU